AUGGAUACAAUUCGUUUAUUUCUUCGUUCGAGUAGUUUUCGAGAUUCGAAAAGAAAAAAAAAUACUACAGCUGACUAUUCAAGAACAAUAUCAACGACAGACGAAACUAAUGAUUCAAAUAAUAAUUUCUCAAUUGAUAUGGAUGAUGGUCAAAGUUCAUCAAAUGAAAAAUUAUCUCGUCAUAAUAUUCAAUCAUUAUUAACAAAUUCAACAUCAACUUCCUUUGGUUCACAUCUUUCAGUACCUCGUUUAGAUCCUGAAACAUAUUCUGGAUUAUCAACAGCAUCAUCAGAAAAUCUAAUGAGUACAACAGUAGCAGCUAGUGCUUCUGAAUCAGUAUCAAAUGCUAAUUCAUUUACAAAUCAUGAUCCUUCCAAACGUCGUCGUUCUUUACAUAGAAGUGAAAAACGAAGACGUUCACGAAUAAUUAUUGAACCUGAUUUUUCUCAAACAUCUUCAUUAUCAUUACCACUUGUUAGACGAAUAAAAUCUCGUCGACAUCCAGAGAGAAUACGAAGACAUUCAAUAAAACUUAAACAUUCCCAACAUCAUACUCAACCAUUUCAAACAACUUAUCGUCAACGAUAUGAAGAAUUUCGAAAACUAUUUAAAGAAUUACCAGACACUGAACGAUUAAUUGUCGAUUAUUCAUGUGCUUGGCAAAAAGAUAUAUUAGUUCAAGGCCGAAUGUAUUUAUCACAGAAUUAUUUAUGUUUUUAUGCUAAUAUUCUUAAUUGGAAAACAAUUUUAUGUUUAAAAUUUGAAGAUAUUGUUGGUAUAACACGUGAAAAAACAGCUAAAGUCAUUUCAAAUGCUAUUGCAGUAAAAACAAAUAAAACGGAAAAAUAUUUCUUUGCAAGUUUUGUAACACGUGAUAAAACUUAUACUAUAAUGUAUCGAAUAUGGCAAGCAGUAAAAGAUAAUCAACCAAUAUCUAGUCAACAAUUAUGGACAAUGAUACAUGAAAGUUAUGGAGAUGAUUUGGAUAUGACAACAGAUGAAGAAGAUACUUAUCAUAAAUCAUUAUUAAAUUCACCAAGUGAUAAAAUGUCAUCGAAAUCAUAUACUCCAACUAGUGAUAAAUAUGAUUUAUCAAAUAUUGUUUUGCGUAUAAGACCAAACUCAGUUCUUUCAAGUACAUUUCAACACGAAGACGAUCGUUCAAGUGUUUCAUCACGCGGUGAACAUCAAUCAGAUGAUGAAAGUAUAAAUCAAACUGGAGAAGAAGCACGGAAUAAUACACGUAUACAUCGAUCUAAAUCUAAUUCAAUGGAACAAGAUAUAAAUAAAACUACUAAAAUUCAUUAUUUAACAACAUGUCCAUGUGAUUCACAUUUAGCAACUGAAUUAAUUAAUCGAACAUAUUCAAUGUCAGUUGAACAUUUAUUUGAUUGUAUAUUUGGUGAUAAUGAUUUUCUUGUUGCUUAUCGAGCAUCACGUCGUAUCAAAGAUUUUCGUUCUGCUGAAUGGCAAGUAAAUGCUGAAACUGGAAAACGCGAACGAUUAUAUACCUUUAAAGUUGAUGUCAAUGCUGUUUUUGGUUCUACAACAAUUUCUUCAAAAGAAAAACAAAUGAUUGAAAGUGAAGUACCAAAAUCAUAUUAUAUAAUUGAUACAGAAGUACGAAAUGAAGGAAUAAAAUAUGCGGAUACUUUUUAUGUCGCAUCUCGUUACUGUCUUGUACAGACAGGACCAAACAAAUCACAUUUGCGAGUAACAUGUGAUGUAAAAUAUGUCAAAAGUUUAAUGGCUAUAAUCAAAACGUUCAUCGAAAAAAAUGCAAUGGCUGCACUCCAAGACUCAUUUACUGAUCUAAUGAAACGUAUCGAUCAAGAAUCUUCCAAAAAACCACGAACUCUCAGUAUUAGUAAUAAAAAUAAUGAAAGAGAAAUAUUAGUCCAAUCUCCAUCAGUCAUAUCACCAAGGCGAUUAUCACGACAACAACAGGAAAAUGAAUUACCUUCAUCUAUAAAUAAUCUUUCAGUUCGUUUACAUGAUGAACAACCAAUACAAAAUCAAACCAGUUCAGAUGUUGCUGUUGUUACUUCCAAUCCAUCAUUAACAUCUAGGAAUACUUUCCUAAUACCAUUUUGUUUAAUCAUAAUGUUACUUUUAUUAAUUGUGAAUAUAUUUUUAUGUAUGAAAUUAAAUCAAAUUGAUCAAAUAACCGAUCGCCUUGUGCAAAGUUAUCCAGCAUGGUUAAAUAAAUACUCAUAUCAACAAGAAGACAAUGUAUGGUCAUUAUUAUUAAAAAAGCAAGAAGAAUAUUAUCAAAUUCAAUUACAAAGUUUGCAAUCCAUCUUAACAACAACGCAUAAUGCUUUAAGAAAUGUUACUGACACAUUAAGUCAAUUAGCUAAAUUAAACAGUGGAUCAAGUUGA